AUGGCUGUCGAGCUUCUGGCUGCUGACUUUGUUGCUGCAUCAGAGGCUGGCGCCAACCUGACUGUUGCUGCUGAGGUGCAAAGCUGGAUUACUCCGGCGGCCAUCUCUGUAGCAGUUGUUGGUCCCAGAAAACCGGCUCCUGGGACGCCCACAGACUAA